GUAUCAUUUUUGUUUAUUUUGUUCAUGUACAUAAGAGGGCAGAAGGAGAAAAUUCAAACUUUCUUUCGACUCAUUUUCUUCCCAACCAAACACUCCUUCCUACGAAUCUCCGAAUGGACGACAAUGACCCGUGGUUAGCCCCAGACAAGCUCCAACAUGUUCUCUUCUGCUUCUCCCUCACGCUCAUCUUCUCCACGCUCGCCAACCGAACCCGGUACCCGUUUCUCCGUCGUCACUCUAUUUGGUUCGGAUCCAUCUUGUCUCUCUUAGCCGGCGCAGCCAAGGAGUUCGCUGACGAGCUCGGGUUCUUCAGGUCCGCCGGAGCCUCCGCUAAAGACGCCGUCGCCGAUUUCGUUGGCGUCCUAAUCGGCUCGCUGGUGCUUUAUUUUGUCAAGUAUGUGACUCGACCCGAGAAUGAGACGGGUCGGGUCCGAGAGGUUUCGAUGGUCUGAAUGGGCUUUUGGGUCGGAAUGGGUAAUGGGGUUGUCUGGUUUUUGGGAAGUGUUGGUGGGGUUGGGUUAGUUUGGGUGUUUAAGGAGAGGAGUUCGUUGGCCAGAGUGGGAAAAUACGAGAAAGUGAAAUUUUGAGUUGUGAUCUGGAGAUAUUAAGAGGAUUGAGCUUUUCAUUGCGGCAGAAGCUAGCAAAAGAUGACGGCAUUGAGCUUUUCAUUGCGGCAAUCGUUCGAGCAAUUCGUUAACUUUAGAUUGGACAAAGGCAGUCUCCUAAGACUGCUUGCGGCUCAGCCUGAUGAGAAUGUCGAUCAGUCAUCUUCUGAAGCUCCUUGGUGAAGGCUUUUCAAUACUGUCAACAUCUUCAGGCAGCUUGACAGCCGUAUAGGUUCCCGCCCCAAAGAGCGCCCCAAGAAAUGGUGCAGUGAGG